UAAACUGCAACAAAAUGGUGGAAAAUCAAAGUUUAAAAUUUUAUCAAUAAAAUCUAAAAAUGGCCAUUAUCAUAUGUUCUAGAACUACAAAAUUAGUUUCACUUAUUUCAUUUAUAUUGUGUUUAUAUCUAGAAACAGUGUUAACCCUUGAAUGCUACAAGUGUCAGAGUUUAGAGCUUCCUCCUGGACAGACAGAUGAUGAAGAUGUAAAGGAGCAAUUUGCUAGAAACACAAACCCCGGUUGCCGGGAUCCCUUUGAUUCAAAAUCAGGAGAUAUUGUUACUUGCCCAAAUGCCAUAUUUGGUCGUGUGUAUAAGUGUGGCCUUGUCCGAGGCACAUCAGAGCUAUAUAUUCCAGUUACUGGCCGCUUCAGGAGUGACACAUGGAUCAGAGAUUGUAUGCAAGUCAGCAGUGGAACUGAAAAUACAUGCCAGGGAACUGAGCAGGUUGAGGACCUUGUUAACCAAAGGUAUAGUAAGAUGUCUGAGACAGCAGUGAACAAUGUGAUCCUGAAAGGUGAAGCUUGUUUCUGUCAGACCAACCUCUGCCCACCAGGUGGCAGAUGUGUCUGGCAUCAGUUCUACGUCCAUUUUAGCAAUACGUGUGUGUCCGGGUUCAUAAUAGGAGGCGUUGCACUUGGUGUGAUUCUCAUAAUAACUGGGGUCUGCUUGUAUUGCUUUUGCUGCAAGAGGAAAAAGGAGCAGUAUGUCUAGAAAGCACAAAUCUCAGAUUUUCGAUUGCAUUGAAUUAAAAAGAGGAAGUAUGUACAAACUGAGCUUAAUUGAACAAUGUUCUGUAUAAACAAAGACUGCAUUCCAGGGGAUAAUUUAACGUAAAACUGGAUAGAGAUUUUUAUUGUUUGCUUGAAGGUAUUGUCAGAGGAUUCACAAAUGGAUGUGUGAAAUCCAAUAUUGCCCAAUUCUCGAAUUUAUCUGUUUUAUACAGCCAUUACAGUGAUAAACAAUGUACAUUGUAGUAUUGAUUUCAUUCAUUAAUUAUGAACUUUACAAUUUGCGCAGUGAGGGAAAUCUCCUCUUAUACUACGUAAAAACUGACACGAGUUGGAGUAAUAAGGAAAAUGUGCCAAUCUCAUCCCAUAUGGAGGAUUGUGAAUGUAUAUCAAACACAAACAUGC